AUGUCCCCUUUCGCUAUUCGUCACAUUGAUUCUCUAACUGCGGAAGAACUAGAAAUUGCGGUGAAUUUAACCGUGAAGGCUUACGAUGAUAUGCUUGUGGCCAGAGCGAUGGUGGGCGAUGACAAGAACCUGAUGGACCCUCUAUUUCGGUCGAUGAUUCGUGCCGCCAAUUUAGCGGGAACGAUCGAUUUAGCUUGUGACGUCUCGAACUCGAACAAGAUUGUGGGGAUGGCGGUGUGGUUUGGACCGGGAAAAUCGCUGUUCGCUGACGCAGAGCAAAGGGAAUUAGGCCUGAACGAGUUCAUGGGUAAGCUUUCCCCAGAAACGCGCCAAUGGUGGGGGGAGACCUACGGUCCCAAGACGUCGGAACUUGUGAAGACCGCUUUAGGGCCAACGGGAGCACUGGAUUCGUGGUGGACGCCACACAUUGCCGUAGACGAGAAGUACCGGCAAAGAGGGAUAGGUACAAUGCUUCUAGAUGAGUCACACAAACGAGCUGUACAAUCCGGAACGAUCACGGCAUUAGUUACGACGACAGACUUGAAUGAAUCUAUCUACGAGAAGGUGGGUUUCGUUACGAAAGGAAGAAUGUCGGUCGACAGUCCGCAGGGCCCCAUAGCGUUUCGGGUGAUGAGUCGUUCUUAA